CACCGUUUAUAUACAAAUGCAAUUCUUGUAACCAUCCUUCUUUUGUAAUCAUUUCUCUCAUAAAUCUACUCGAUAAUGGCGUCUGCUACAGGAAUUCCACAGGAACAUCCUCGAACCAUCGAGGCCGAGCCUUUGCUGGGCGGACCAGGUGCCGCGACCCAGAGAGAGGAGGAUGCCAUGCCAUAUAAUGUGCUUACUGGCACGGCUGCGAUCGCCCAGGCUGGAAUAUGGGUGCUGACGAUUUUCGUCUGGUUGGGCGUCCUAUCUCAACCGUUGAUGCUUUUCACUGGUCAUCCGCUCCUUAACACCAUAGCUCUCCUCCUCCAAGUCCAAGGCACCCUCAUCCUCCAGCCAACAAGCACAGCGCGUCAGAAGCUCACUGGAACCCGCUUCCACUACAUCAUCCAAGGCCUCAGUCUGCUCGCCUUCAUCGCGGCCUUUCUCGUUAUCGAAAUCAACAAGGGUGACCAUGAGCGCCUCACGUCUCCUCAUGGCGUGCUGGGGCUGAUCACCUAUAUUGUUAUUAUUCUGCAGGCGUCUGUGGGCGUGGUGCAGUAUUUCUUUCCGGCUCGAGUUCUGGGAAGUGUUGAAACAGGAAAGAAGAUUUACAAGUAUCAUCGUGCGUCAGGGUAUGCUCUGCUGGUGUUGGAGCUGGGGACUGUUACUGCGGCUACUCAGACGACGUUCAAUCUGAAUGCUUUGCAUAUUCCUUUGUGGGGAGUGGUGGUGACUUCGGUUUUGGUUGUUGCUGACGUGAUCCGACCAGCAACAGCACCAAAACCCACCCCAGACGUUAAACACAUCCGUCAGAACGCAGAAAUCUACGGGAAAAAUUGUCUCGAUCGAAACUAUGCCUCUCAUUCCGAAUACCCGCUCCGGAUCCAGCAAUUGUCCGAGGAGAGUCAACAGCUCGAUCAUGAUCUCCAAGCUCCGCGGUCCCGCAUUAAGCAGUUAGAGAAGAUGAUUGCGAAGGUGGCUCGUGAGCAACAGGAAUCUACGGGACAGGAGGACCUAACAGCUCUGCGAUCGGAAGCUCAACGGUUAAAAGAUGAAUCGCACGCGAUGAACUCCCGGAAAACAGGCUGCGCGGAGGAAAUCCAACGUCUCGCUCUCGCCCUCCCCAACCUCUCCUCCUCCGAAACACCUGUCGGACAUGACCCCAGAUUAAUCGACUAUAUCAAUUUCGAUCCUCAAUCGCCUCCCGAAUGGGCUACCCGUGCAUCACCAGAUCCCUCCCGCUCCCACGUCGCUAUCGGCACCUCACUGGGCCUCAUCGAUUUCACCAGCUCAGCCACCACGACUGGCUGGGGAUGGUAUUUCCUCACAAACGAAGGCGCUCUUCUCGAACACGCACUGGUUCAGUACUCAUUGGCAGUCGCCCGUCGUCACGGAUGGAAGAUCGUUUCUCCUCCUUCGCUUGUGUACUCGUACAUCGCAGAGGCUUGUGGGUUCCAGCCCCGCGACCAGCACAAUGAGCAGCAGAUCUGGACCGUUGAGCAGAGCGAGAAGGAUAAGCACUCGAAACCCCCGCGUUCGCUGACCGGUACGGCCGAGAUCCCUCUCGCGGCUAUAUACGCCGGUCGUGACAUCGAGGCUUCCCAACUCCCCGUCAAACUGGUGGGUUCCAGCCGGUGCUACCGCGCCGAAGCAGGAUCUCGAGGCGUCGACACAAAGGGUCUAUACCGAGUCCACGAAUUCACCAAGGUCGAACUAUUUGGCUGGGCCGACAACAACAACAACAACAACAACAACAACAACAACAACAACUCCACUCAAUCCGAAAACCAACACCCCUCAACAACCCUCUUCAACAACCUCCUCACCAUCCAAACCGAAAUCCUCACCUCCCUCAACCUCCCCUGCCGCAUCCUUGAAAUGCCAACCACAGACCUCGGCGCCUCCGCCUCCCGAAAACGCGACAUCGAAGCCCUCUUCCCCUCCCGCCUGCGGAACACCUCCGACCUCGAACCCGCCUGGGGCGAAGUCACCUCCGCGUCUAUCUGCACGGACUACCAGAGUAGACGACUAGGGACGCGGGUGCGUGGCGGGUCAGCGAAGGAGUCGAGAUUCCCGCAUACGGUUAAUGGGACGGCGAUGGCGGUUCCCAGGGUGCUGGCGGCGAUUUUGGAGAACGGGUGGGAUGAGAAGAGGGGGGUUGUUGUUGUGCCGGAGGUGCUGAGGGGAUAUAUGGGUGGGUUGGAGGUCAUUGGGAAGUAA